UUCCCGAGCGGGGAAUCGUUGCGUUAAUUGACAUUCCCGGGAAAGGUGUGUCGUUACUCAGUUAUUAAUGUAAUAACUCCGAUCCGUAGAAAGUCACUCGCUCUAGUUGCUCCCCCGCUAUUACGUACUUCUACAUAAUACUUGAAUAAACUGUCACAUAACAACUCUCGCUGUUGGCUCUACUGCUCGAUCUAACUGCAAAGUUAUCUUUACGCACGAUUCGGCGGCUGUGUAUGUGGGUGGGACUACUGAUUAUUUUCGUCCUCUUUACAAAGUAUGCUUGUCAUUUCCGACGUGUUUAACAAAAUUUAAAAGUCGUUCCAAUUACAGUGUUAAUUUCGAAACCUUUUUUCCCGUGGAACUAUUGCUAUUGUCUCUUACUAUUUCAACCGGGCGUUUGCGUACGCAUUCAUGGACGUACGUGCAACCGUUCACAUAUUCCUAACGACUUGUUGGAACAAGAAUAAUAUUUGUCCUGGGAAAAAAUCAUAGUGUGCUACUAUUGCUUGUGUGAUAUUUUACGGAGAUGGCCUCACUGUCUCUGCCCCGUGUAUUGCAGCAGAGAAAAACCAGCCUUGAUUUGGAACGUGAACACUUUGAGAAGUUCCAGCUUUACAGAUAGUGCAUGCAGGAGACAUUUCACUAGAAGAAUAAACUCUAACGUAUUCCAAAUAAUUCUUUGUAUUACAAUCGUUUACACUCUGCUAACAAUGCCACCUGUACUACUUGUCGACAAGCAGCUUCAACAGCUGGGCAUAAGCAUUAGGAAAGCAGUAAAUCCUACAGAGGAACCUGUUAAAGAAAAACAUGUGCGCAGUACAAUUAUCGGCACAUUUCAAGAAAAAAGCGGAGCAACCUUUUGGAUGUUCGUGUUGCGCCAGCCAUUGGAAGAAAAUCGUAUAGUAGCAUGGAAAUUCUGUCAUGUUUUACACAAGGUUCUUCGCGAAGGCCAUCCCCGAGUAAUUCCCGAUUCUCAAAGACAUCGCGGUAGACUGGAGGACUUGGGGAAAUUAUGGCAGCAUCUACGAGAGGGAUAUGGUCGCCUGAUACAGCUCUAUGUGCGAUUGCUCAUUACCAAAUUAGAUUUUCACAAACGCAAUCCUCGCUUACCUGGGAACUUGCAAGCCACACCAGAGGAACUUGAAGCUAUUGGAGAAAAUGAUAUUAAUGUGUACUUUCAGAUGUCCGUAGAGAUGUUUGAUUAUAUGGAUGAUAUCUUAAAUUUACAACGAGCAGUUUUUGGCUCUUUGGGUAUGUCUCGUUCAAACUCGAUGACCUCCUGUGGACAAUGCCGGCUUGCACCGUUAAUACCAUGCAUUCAGGAUGCUUCCCAACUGUACGAUUACUGUGUCAAAAUUCUUUUCAAGCUUCACGGUGCUCUACCCGCCGAUACCCUCGCAGGCCAUCGUGAUCGAUUCUCCAAACAAUUUCAGGAAUUGAAAAGCUUCUACAACACGAUCACGCAUAUGCAAUAUUUUAAAAGUCUGAUAACUAUUCCAUCGUUACCUGAGAAACCGCCAAACUUUUUGAUACAAGCUGAAUUGCGAACUUAUGUUACUCCCGUUGUGGUUUUACCGCCAGAGGAACCAAUGGAUAACGAAGCUGCAGUUGAUAGUCUUAUUGACACUUCGGAUAUUAUUUCACUACCUGGUGAUCAAUUAGAUUCUGCCAGAAAUGGUUCAAUUUCUCCUGAUGUAUUGGCAGAGAGAGACAGUUUGAUUGAACAUUUGCACCAGGAAAAUGGCAGGCAGCGUGAGGAAUUACAUCACUUGCUUACCGAUCAUCAAAAAAUUGUUGAGCAGCUUCGUAAUCGUAUUUUGGAACUCGAAGCUGCACUUACGAACAAGGGAAGUGAAAUCGUACAUGAAAAACAGCUGAAUCAAGAGCUGCUGAAGCAUAAAACCGAGUUAUUGGGGAAAUUCCAUGAGAUUCAAGGAAAAAAUAAAACCGUGGAAGAGAAGUUUCAAAAGCUUAAAGAAGUUUAUUCGAAGCUACGCGAAGAACAUAUAAAUCUGAUUAGAAAGAAAGCAGAUGUGGAUAAACAAUUGGGCGGAAUGAAAAUUGUCCAAGAGCAAUCAGAAAGACGUACCCAGGAAGCCGAGCAACGUCUCCAGGAACUGGUUCAAGGUCAAGCGACGGUAGAGCAAGAAGCUCAACGUGUAGCACAAGCACGUGCGGAUUUGGAUGACGUCAGGAAGCAAUAUGAUGCAGCUAAAACUGAAAAUUUGGCGCUGAUUGCAAAAAUCGAUUUUAUAGUAUCCGAAAAGGCAGUAGUAGAAGGUGAUUUGCAUGAUUUACUUGCACAAAAAGAAGAGUUGGAUACAAGAAUAGAAGAGUUACGUGUCGAAUCCGAAAGAUCAAGAAAUCAAUUGAAAACUGAUACAGAAGCGGCUCUCUACGAAUUACUGCUAAAUUGCAUCUCCGAGGCCGAGAGUAUUUUACAAAAUGCAAUACACGCCAUCGACAAUCCUGCGAUAUCUGCUGUCACGUGUACUCCAGAUUAUUUACGUAGCCAAGUCGAACCCACUGUUCAAGCCUUAGAAUUCUUGGAUACCACAUAUGCAAAUUACGUCACUGAUACCACUCAAAGGGGACCACUGAUUCGCAGUAUCAUUCACGCAGCGUAUAUUCUUGGCGUCUACUUGAUACAUGCUAAAUCUACAUCGAAUGCAUCUACAGAUAUCGCGCUUGGUGACAGACUGGCAGACGAAUGCAAGCAGGCUGGUUCCCAGGGAUUAAUGUUGUUGAGCUACAUCAAAGAGAAAUCACAAAGUGCUCACGAUCAGCUUGUGAUCGUAAAAGAUCACAUUACAAAGAUCACAUCCCUAGCAGAUUCCUUGUCCAAUACACAGGGAAAUGCAGAAGUAAUCGGCGACCUGGUUGAGAAUGAACUUUUGAGUAUGGAUAAAGCCAUAGAAGAGGCAGCCAAUAGAAUACAGGAAAUGUUGACUAAAUCCCGAGCUGCGGAUUCCGGACUGAAAUUAGAGGUGAACGGUAAAAUUUUGGAUUCUUGUACGGAUCUGAUGAAAUGCAUACGGAUUCUCGUGAAAAAAUCUCGACUGUUACAGUCUGAGAUUGUGGCCCAAGGAAAGGGCACAGUCUCCGCUACGGAAUUUUACAAGAGAAACCACCAAUGGUCCGAAGGCUUAAUAUCUGCUGCGAAGGCGAUAGCAAUGGGAGCAAACUUUUUAUUAGAGGCAGCCGACAAAGUAGUAUCAGGAAAUGGCAAGUUCGAGCAACUUGUCGUCGCAUCACAAGGAAUUGCAGCAUCCACUGCACAAUUGGUAGUUGCCAGUCGGGUCAAGGCUGAGAGAAAUAGCAAUAAUUUGGCUGCACUUUCCGAAGCUUCCAGAGAAGUUACGCAGGCGACGGGUAGCGUUGUUGCCACUGCUAAGAGUUGUAGUCAACUUGUUGAGGAUAACGAGGACUUGGAUAUGUCUGGGCUUAGUUUGCACCAAGCAAAGAGAUUGGAAAUGGAAGCCCAAGUUCGUGUAUUGGAACUUGAGCAAGCAUUAGAAACUGAACGAUUACGUUUAUCAGCGUUGCGUCGUCGUCAUUAUCAGAUGGCUGAUGAGAGCCAAGGUUAAGUAAUUAGAUAAAUAAUAUAACGACAGUAGUCUAGCAACGAUUUACAAGAAAAAUGAUACUGGCAAAUUAAUGAAACUACUAUAUAAUAUUUAGUAUUUAGUUUGCUUUUAUGUAUAUGCCCUCUAUCAGGGACAAAACGUUUUUAAUAUUUACAGAGAUAUACAUCAAUUCUCUCUACUUUCUUGCUCUCAUGCAUGCUUUAAAGAAAUGCAAGACAUUUUUAACGAACGACGUUCUCAGACCUGUAGAUACACAAAGUGGGUCAAUUCGCAUGAACGUGUGGCAAAGUCACAAAAUCAAAACUAUAUAAUGCAUGAAAGACCGCGCGUGUCGUUAAGCGAGUUUGUUAAAUUGUCAAAAAAAGAAUGAAGUAGAAAAUGUAGGGUUCUUGGAUAAAGAAAGGAAAAAGAAAUGAAUGUAAUAUCCGAUGUCUUCUUACCUUGAGAUUCGUCAUGACGAGACGUGCGGUGCUAUUCGCGGAAUCGUUUUAAUUAAGAUAAAUCAUUAUAUUGUUAAGCAAUUUGUAACGUGUAAAACGAGACUUAUUUUAUAUACUGAUACAUGUAAUAUUUAUUCAUUAUAAUUACGUCGUUCAGCUUGAA